UCAGCGUAAGGUUUUCUCCGCGGUACGGCCCUAACGAUCGUUUUCUGCCGCACGCCCGAACCGACUCCGGUUUGCCCUCGCAGGGUGUCAGUUGCCUUCUCUUCCUCUCUUGCGCUACAUCUCUUUUCCUAUUUCACCGGAUUACCCGAUCAUAGCAGCGGCAGUCCAGCGGAGGAAAAGGAGACUUACUUGAGCUGUGAAUGUGCAUCAGUUUUUGUUCCAAGCCGUUGUAUUGGACCGGUUGAGGAGCUGACCGAAUUUCAUCAAGGAAAGAUUUGGAAACUCUUAAACUUUAUCAAGAGAUGAUUUAUGCCUAAAGUACUUUGGGAUUCACAAAAAUGAUUUGUAUACGAGGAGCUUAAAUCACACGGUUUCUGUCUCCCUCUCUACCACUGACAGAAUAUCGGAGUGCAUGGACUAAGGUAAUCCAGUAGGCCUCCGUACCAACGAAUGUCAGCUGGAAUCUGUGCUGCUCCUUUUACUGUAGCAACAUAGAACCACUAUUGAAACAAAUGGUGAUGGAUUGAACGUCUGCGCUCUGGAACGCUUAGCCGACGGCCAUACAGGCAAGUUAAUGCAUUACUUUGUCCGUGCUAAGCCGGUGCCAUUACUUUCGAGAUUCCAUUUAUUUGAGGGAUAUAGUGCUCCAUAAUAACUAUGAUGAGCGACUGACCUAAGAAAUCAUCGGUCGUCUCCCAGCUGCCCCGUCGGGGAGAGACACUGACCAGUGUAAUACCGUUUGGGUGUUCCAGUGUUCCAGGCUAUUCUUCGCGGAAUUGGCAACUUUGGGAGAGAUUUUUAAUUUUGUUUGAACACAGCAACAGCAAUCUAACUCAUCAUCCAAUGCCAUGUUAUAAAAGCUCACAGCCCUCUCGGCAAAUCUUCAACCCUCCACUCAAGGUGUGCGCACGUGACUGGAUUACAUGCAAAACUUUACAGAUAACGUUACGGCUUUUUUCGAGGGGCUUGAGUUUAGGAGCAAUUUCACCAAUGUAACAGAAUUCGACAAUGACGUGAAGAAUCCGGCUGUGGCAAUUUUCCUUUCCUUUGUCUCCGCGAUCACAAUCUUCGGCAAUUGUCUCGUGAUUGUGGCUGUGGCAAAGGAGAUGUAUUUACGAACCGUCACCAAUUAUUACCUGGUGUCUCUGGCAAUCGCCGACUUGAUUAUAGGAGCAAUCGUCAUGCCAUUCAGUAUAAGCAACGAAAUGACCAAUCAACAAUGGCUGUUUGGCUCGGAGUGGUGCGAUUUGUGGCAUUCCUUGGAUGUAUUAGCCAGUACUGCGUCCAUUUUAAAUCUCUGUGUGAUAUCGUUGGACAGGUACUGGGCUAUAAAUGACCCUAUCGCCUAUCCCAGCAAAAUGUCUACGUGUAAAGUAUGCAUCCUGAUAGCGCUUGUGUGGCUUUGCUCAGCAGGUAUAUCCUUUCCAGCAAUCGCUUGGUGGAAGGCCGUUACUCCACCAGACCUUCCUAAUAACGCCUGCCUGUUCACGGAAGACAGCGCCUACCUGAUAUUCUCCUCGUUCGUCUCUUUUUACUGCCCUCUGUUCAUCAUGCUAUUUGUUUAUUUUAAAAUAUAUCAGGCAGCAUCAGCUCAAACUAAAAGUUUGAAAAUGGGAACAAAAGUGAUGUCGUCAAACGGCACUGAUGGUGAGGUGAUGACACUGCGGAUCCACCGUGGCCGGAAGCGGGUACCGGAAGAGUGCAGCACUGUGAACAUUUGUGAUAAAUCUGCCAGCGAAAGCGAGGCUGGGAGCCCGGCUCACCUGGUACGUCAUCACCACUUGUCAUCUGACGACGAGCACAGGCCAACAAAAUACAUUACGAAACGACUCAGACAGUUUGCCAUUAGUAAAAAAUUAAGUAAACUCGCAAGAGAGCAGAAAGCGGCAAAGACUUUAGGUAUCGUCGUCGGUGUGUUCAUAAUUUGUUGGUUGCCCUUUUUUGUGACCAAUGUUUUAUUCGGGCUGUGUAAUACAAGUUGUGUAAGUAAUCCGGACCUGCUAUUUCCGGUAUUCACCUGGCUAGGAUACCUCAACUCCGGGGUCAAUCCCGUCAUCUAUGCCCUUUCCAUGAGAGAUUUUCGUCGGGCAUUUUCCAGAAUAAUAUUUGCCUGCUGUCCCAAAACCAGGUACAUGCAGACUAGAAGACAAUAUCGUGACCACCCAAACAACAGUCAAUCGACAUCAAGUUUUUCUGCCACUUGCACGGAUCGGUGUUCGGCUAUUAAGAUUUAGUCUAGCGUUAUACCAAGCAUUUUUUGCCAUCUCUCUUUCUUACACACCGGGCAAACUAACGACUAAAUGUAUAUAUGAAUAUGAUUAAUAGAUUUCAUAAUAAAACCAAUGGAUUUUGUCUUACAGAGAAAAAAUAACCACGUUUUUUACUGUCCGCUCAUAAAACCUCCCCAUCGACAUCUUCCAAUAAAGUAGUCUCGUUAGGUUGACGGACCAGCCAAACAAUAUGGGAUCCGAACAUUUUGUAAUACAGUCACGUUCUCUCCUUCCGGCCAAUUUCACAUGGACACUUCUUUUUGCGCGACCAUACCGACCUUCGAGUUAAAUUUCCUGUGAUAGAUCAAUUGAAGAUAGGCAUCGAAUAGCGUGAACUCUAACGUGCACGUAGGUCUUGCUUACAGGAGAGUUCUGUUAAAUUGACGAAGACAUUGCGCUUCUCAGACUAGCAGGUUGCAUUAAUUUUCCGUCGGGUGCAAAAACUUUGGCUCUAACCUCUAUAGUACCUCGGGUAUUUGUUUGGCUGUCGACAUGUUUAAGUGAAUAGCUGAACCCCAAACAACUUUGCUGCAUUCUCAUUGGUCUCAACCCGCGAGUCUCAUGAUAGAUUGUCCUCUAAUUUUUUGGACACAUUGUACAUCUGUUGUCAUGCAUACGUGCAUAUGCCACCUACACUGUUAGUAAGAUAAAGGAGCAAAAUAUCAAGUUAUAUUCUGAACUACACAUUAGCAAUGGACGCGGAUUGCUUUUCUUCUCCUAUUCACAAAUCGUACAUUCCGUCUCGGCUACUUAAGUUUGUCAUCAACCUGAAACGUAUGCAUCAAUUCCUCAAGUACAUAGCCACUUUUAUAACACUUUAUAGUUGAGGUUUAAAUUAAUAUUUUGGAUCUGUUGGUAUUGUAAGAGGAUUCUUUUCAAAAACUGAGAAAACCUGAGAACAUUUUACUGUUUUACUGCGACAACCAAACACCCCCUCCCCCAGGCCAGUAUUAAAUCUCAGACUGUCUAUGUAGCGCUUGCAUUGUCACAUGGGAUUUAGAUUGAUUAUAGACACAUCCUUUGGACUGGCUUAAAUUAGAAUGAUCGCAGUACCCAGUCAAAAACGAAACAAUAUCAAUGUGCAAAACAAGAGCUUUUAGGAUCAUUAUCUGGGUUAACAUUGUCAGUUGUCACAGUUUUAGCCAGUACUAGAGCUAUACUUGUAACA